AGUAGGAGAGCGAUCUUGUAAUUUACACCUCCCUCUUUAGUGUAAAUCGAGUCUUUUGGGUCUAGUGAUCUCUUGAGUUAAGUUCACGAUCUCUAAGCUCGUCUAUCGGCCUUCGCCGAUUCAAGGUCUCUCACAGACCCUCAUAUAAUACAUACUUAAACGCAUGGACCUCUGUUCGUGAUCGCCAUCCACAAACCACAACUCGUUUCUUGCCUGCCACUAUGCUAGGGGGCAGUAGCAUCAAAGUGUUUUCUGGCACCAGCCAUCCUGAGAUUGCAGAGCUUAUCGCUCACAGAAUUGGUCUACCGCUGUCGAAAGCACUGGUCACUCGCAAUGGGGCCGGAGAAACCUCAGUCCGUCUCGGAGAGUCUGUUCGCGAGGCUGACGUAUACAUCGUUAACACUGGUUGUGGACCGCCUGGACUCUCUGUGAACGUUUCCCUCAUGGAGCUGUGCAUCAUGAUUCAUGCUUGCAAGAUUUCGAGUGCUAAAAGGAUCACUGCCGUUAUUCCACUCUUUCCCUAUGCUCGUCAAGACAAAAAGGACAAAAGUCGUGCUCCAAUAACGGCAAAGCUUGUUGCAAAUAUGCUGCAGAACAGCGGUUGCGACCACGUCAUUACUAUGGACUUGCAUGCAUCGCAGAUUCAGGGCUUUUUUGAUGUCCCUUUAUACGCCGAACCCUCCGUUCUCCACUAUAUCCGACAAAACUUCAAUAUCAAAGAUGUAGUCAUUGUCUCUCCAGAUGCUGGAGGUGCAAAACGAGCCACUUCAAUCGCCGAUCGGCUCGGGGUAGAUUUCGCCAUAUUUCAUAAGGAGCGGAAGAAGGCUAACGAAGUCUCGCGUAUGGUGCUCGUCGGACAAUGCGAGGGAAAGAUUGCGAUCCUUGUCGAUGAUAUGGCGGAUACAUGUGGUACCAUAUGCCUCGCGGCACACUAUCUCGUCGAGGGUAAAGCUUCACGAGUCAUCGCUAUUGUAACACAUGGAAUCCUGUCCGGUGACGCACUCAAGAAGAUUGAGGCAACAAAAGGUCUCGAAAAACUGGUGGUGACAAACACCAUACCACAAUGUGAUAACCAACGCGCUUGCAACAAAAUUGAAGUCAUCGACAUCGCUUCGGUCUUGGGUGAGGUCAUUCGACGUAGCCACUACGGCGAGAGCGUCUCCAGACUGUUUCAUGAAGUCCCCUACUAGAUCAUUUCGCUUGCUUUUUUCCAUUACAUAGUACAUGUAUAAUCACUGGCCUGGAUUGGUGAUCAUGACGAGACAAGUAUCGGACAUUGUUCUAUACCAAGACCAUUGAACAACGUAUUCUUAAAUUUUGAAUUUCCAAUGGCUUUCAAAUAUACUGGCUCC